AUGGCUCACCAUGCCAGGCCUUCCAGAUCAGCCAAAAAAGAAGAGUUAGGCAAAAGGAAAACUAACCAGAGCAAAAAGAAAUCUAGCCAAGUGAGAAAGAAAACUACAAAGGCUUCCACAAAAGCUGUUAGUUCUGGAAAAAGUAAAAAGCCAGUGCAAGAAAAAGAUGUUAAGAAAAAACAGCAAGAAAAGAAACCAAUCAUGAGCUCUUCAGGUAGACUUCUCAGGAGCAGUGUAACCUUGUCUGGAGCAUCUUGGGUGAGUUUGGAGAAAGCUGACAAUAUCCUCUUCCACAGCCAGGAUUCUUUCAGCAUCAAUGGCUUCACAAUGGCUCUCCGGAACCGACCCUUCUCCAGAAGCUUGGCCCAAACUCCAGUAACUGCAAAGCCCAGGAAAGCCGCAGCACAAAAAAGGAUAGAAACAAAGGAAAAACAUGAACAAGAAGCCCUGGCAGAAGUAGAUGAGAAAAAUGAUGAAACAGCUUUGAAAGAAGAUGUAGCUGAAGGUGAGUUAGCUGCUCUGCCUGUGGAAGGCUGGCUGUGUGGUGCAGGUGAGGAGGAUUCUGUUAUCCCAUGUGCCAGCCAGCAGGAGGAGGCAGAAAUAUCUGAAACAGAUGACUCCAUUCCAAACAGUCACCUAACUGAUGAUGGUACAGAAGCUUCAGAGGUGAAAUCUAAGCUUGAAGACCUGCCCUGUGAGCAGAUACUCAGUGAUCUUGGUACAGGUAGUUUGGCUGAAGCAUUUGUUGAAGAUGCUGCACUGGUGCUUCCAUCUUCUCCUUCUGACUCUGGAAUUGCCUCUGAAUCAAACUCGAAGGUGCAUGCAGAGGCUCCCUUCAAUGUGGUGCCUAACAGUACAGAACCUGACUCCAGCUCUGUUGAUACCUCAGGCCUCAGCUCAGCAGUACUGAUAGAGUCAGUCACACUUGCCAAAUUCCACAUUGGAGCAGGGUUGGACAUGGUGCUACCUAGGGAAGAACAAGCCUUGGAUUCUGCAUCUCUAGUUACCUCUGAGUUUAACUCACAAGAACAUUUAUUAGAAGAUGCAAGGUCAUUGGCAGAUUCCUGCUUGAAGGCAGGCUGGGGUUUGGAAUCUGAGAAUAAAGACAUUGGUUCAAAUUCCAGUUCUGUAGCUGCCUCUGAAUCAAAUUUGCUUUUACAUUUUGAAGGUGCAAGCUCACUUGCAGAAUACCCCAUGAAACUGGUUGUGGAUUUUGUACCCAUUCACAGAGAACUUGAUUCAAAUUCAGAUUUGAGCUUUACAAAAGAGAAUUCAGAAUUUGACACAAAGAACAUAUUUAGAGUAUGUGAACCAGUCUCCAAUACCUCUUUAAACAAUAUUGAAGUAGAGGACAUUGAACAGCUUGUUAAAUGUAUUGAUGCAGAGACAUUAAUUUUGAAUUCAGGAUAUGUCCCCACUUUACCUUCAGAUUUAGGAAGAAGCACAGUUGAUAAAAUCUCUGCUGAAAGCUCUGGACAAUUCUCUGCAGGUUUUGUUUCAGAGUUGCCUUCAAGCAUGGAAAUCUCUGCUCUUGCCUCAGAAAAAGCCAUAAAUGCAGAUUUGCCAGCUGACUCAAGACUGCAGCAUAAUGAUUAUUCAUCACAGCUGGGAAGUGUCGGAGUAAGCUUGAAUUUGGUUCAGGACAACAACGUGAGCAACAGCACUGAAGCAGUUGAGGCCUCAGGGCCAUACUCUCUUAAAAAUCCAGCUGGUGAUUACCCUCUUCCAUAUUCAUCUCUGCUCCCUAUGCUGGAGAAAAAGAAACGAAGGCGUUGUGGAGUGUGUGAGCCCUGUCUGCGGAAAACAAACUGUGAGGAGUGCAGCUGCUGCAGGAAGCGCAAAACCAGCCACCGGAUAUGCAAAAAGAGAAAAUGUGAGGAACUGAAAAAGCCACCGCCGCCAGUCACGCUACCUUUGGAGGUCCUAACAGAAAACAAAAGGCCUCAGAGGAGGAAGCAAAGAGUUUUAAAGGCAAAUUUAGAAAACAAAGCAGUAAAUGGCCGCAGACCAGAACUCAUGGAAUGCAGUAUAUGUGGUCAUGGUGAAAAAUACAGGGUGAAGACAAAGCAAGCAGUACCCAUUGAACAUGUGCAGUGUAAGGAGAAGGAGAGCAUGACUGGCUUGGAGGCAGAGAAGUGGGCACAUGCUGAGAAGCCAUCCUUUGGUGCCCACGUCAACGGUGGCAUCCACGCAGCCGUGACGGGCACCCCACACUCGAAGCACGCCGAGCACAGCCACAGGGCAGCCUCUCCCUGCCCCUUCCCUGAGCCAAAAAAACCCUCGGUGCACACCAUCAGAAAUGGCAUCAACACCCUGCAUUAUUCACCACCAGAAGCAGUUGCUUCCCUGAACAAUGUACCUGCAGAGGAAAGGACAGACUUGACAAGCAGCUCCCACAUGCAAUGGCCAACGGGUGGCACUCUGAAUAACAUAGUAAGCACUCUGACAAGUGGCACUGGCUGUGUUCACCCAGAAAACCAAGGGAAUGUUUUAAUGAAAGAGGAAAACUGCACCUUCAGCAUCUCUGAGUAUUCUGAUCAGUCAGUUUUGCAAACAGGUUCCAGCUUGGAUGUGCAAGAAAGCUUGUGUUGUCCUCUGCUGCCUGAAGGGGAGCUGCAGGCAGGGAAGGAUGGCUUUACAGUACCAAGUGUGGAGACACAGCCUGAGAAUACUGCACUCCAGCCCACUUUCUUGUCCCUGAUUAAAACCAGAAAUUUAACUCUGGAGCAGGUUGUAGCUAUUGAAGCUUUAACACAGUUAUCUGAAGCUCCUUUAGAAACAACUUCACCAGCUAAAAGUGAAAGUAUUGAACAUACAGGAGAAACAACUUCCAACUUGCUCCACAGUUUUAAAAGGGAUAUCUCAUCCUCCUUUACAUCCUCUGCAUUACAAGAAAUCAAAGACACUUACUUACAGAAUGAGCAACAGCUCUUGGCUCACUGCACUCCCUCGCAGAAGCAGCUCCCUAAUAAGGCAGUGUUAUACAAUGGCCAAAGUUCAGUGUCUGAAUUGUGUGAUAAACCUGCCAAUCCAGCUGGGGAGAUGUAUAAUUUACAGUUACCCUCAAGAGAUACCAAAACUUUAUCUGACCUAACAUCUGGUGCAGCAUCGUUUUCAGGAUACGAUUCCAACAAAAGUUGUGCUCAUGAGCCAGUCACCCUCACAGGGUUCUGCAGUGCUUCAUGUGAUGUGCAGCAUACAGGGAACAACUUGGAAGCUCCUGGCCAGCUGGAGCAAAAGCCAUCGUGUAGUGAUUUGAAAUUGGAAGGUGGUUCUUUGAUUAAAGAAGGAGGAAUUCACAGCCAGGAUGAAGAGGAUGUGGCUGCACAGCUAACUCAACUGGCAGCCCUGAUUGAAUCAAACCAGGCGAAUCCAGAGCAGAAGAACAACAUAAAGGCAUCACUGCUUAAUCUAAUAUCACAUGAGAGGCAGCCAAAAUAUAACCAAGAAGUGUUGCAGAAAAAAGAAUCUGUAUUUUUUAGGCGUAAUUAUAGUUCCUUACUGUUAAAGCAAAAGCAAGCAACCAAUAAGAAAGGAAAUGGUGUGCCAUGGAAACCGAGACACAAAAAGAAGCCUCCAGAAGCACGCUAUCAACAAAAUAAUCCAAACCAGCUAGAGCUGUUGUCAUGCCAGCAUAGUGAAUUGCAGGACAUUUGGAUAUCAUCAAAACUGCAUAAGCUUGGUCAAACCAUGCCACAGGACUCCAGGGUAGCUCCAUCUGAAAAAAAAUCUCCGAGAACCAAAGUACAGAGAGCGCUCAGUCAAAAUACUUCAGCAUCACAAGAAAAAACUAGAUUAUUUCUUCCACAAGCACAGAUAAAAUUCCACAGGUGUUUACCUGAGGCACCGCAGGAGAAAAAAAAAGACAGGUUUUUUGGCUGUGAAGUGGUGAAUGAGCAAAUGAAAACUGUGGGCUCCAGUGACCCACUAGGUGCUGAUCCAAUGAAAAAUGAAGUUGCUGCACGUAGCCAACACAGCGACCUGUCCUCCCGUAAUCCUCUGGCUGGUUCUCAGCUGAAAACAGCAUCCUUGUUGAAAAGGCCAACUGAAAACCUACAGAUGUUUACAGAAAAAUGUAAUUCUCAGGUACAGCAAACAGCAAAUGUCAGUCAGGCGCAUCCUUUGCCACCAAGUUUUAACCGGUCUAACCUGAGAGCUAAGGAGAUGUGUAGUGAGAACAAAGCCCAUGUUCAGCAGGUAGAUCCGAAGUGCCAGGUGCUGCCUGUUCCCUGUGCUGGGGCCCAGGUGCCAGCUUCUGCUGAAGCUCUCAGGAAUAUGGAGUGUGUGGGUGAGGUGACCGUUCUGACAUCAACCAGAUUGGGUACUGACCACGCCCCGAGCACAGGCGACUCAGGGUGUUCCCCAGCAAAAAACACGCUCAGCAGUUUCCUUGAAUCACCUAUGAAGUUUCUUGAUACCCCUACAAAAAAUUUAAUAGACACACCUACCAAAAAAGGACAAUCUGAAUUGCCAACUUGUGACUGUGUUGAGCAAAUUAUAGAAAAAGAUGAAGGGCCCUAUUACACACACCUCGGGACAGGACCAAGUGUUGCUGCUGUGAGAGAAAUUAUGGAGAACAGGUAUGGAGCAAAAGGAAGUGCUGUAAGAAUUGAGGUGGUGGUUUAUACAGGAAAGGAAGGAAAGAGCUCUCAGGGGUGUCCAAUUGCCAAGUGGGUGAUCCGGAGAAGCAGCGACGAGGAGAAGCUGCUGUGCCUGGUGCGCCAGCGCGCGGGGCACCACUGCCAGACGGCCGUGAUCGUGAUCCUGAUCCUGGCCUGGGAGGGCAUCCCACACCUGCUGGCAGACACGCUCUACGAGGAGCUGAGGCAGAGCCUGCGCAAGUACGGCUGCCCCACCAGCCGCCGCUGCGCCCUCAACGAAGAUCGUUCUUGUGCAUGUCAAGGACUUGACCCAGAAACUUGUGGAGCAUCAUUCUCAUUUGGCUGUUCAUGGAGUAUGUAUUUCAAUGGCUGUAAGUUUGCCAGGAGCAAAAACCCCAGGAAAUUUAGGCUUCUCACUGAUGACCCUAAACAAGAGGAACUUCUUGAAAACAAUUUGCAAACGUUGGCUACUGAUGUGGCUCCGGUUUAUAAGAAGCUUGCUCCAGAAGCUUUCCAGAACCAGGUGGAAAACGAGCACAUGGGCCCCGACUGCCGGCUGGGCUGCAAGGACGGCCGGCCCUUCUCGGGUGUCACCGCCUGCAUCGACUUCUGUGCCCACGCCCACAAGGACACACACAACAUGCACAACGGCAGCACUGUGGUGUGCACCCUAACCAAGGAGGACAACAGGAGAGUGGGGGUGAUCCCGAGCGAUGAGCAGCUGCACGUGCUGCCCCUGUACAAGAUCUCCCAGACCGAUGAGUUUGGCACCGAGGAGGGCCUGGAGGCCAAGAUCAAAGCUGGAGCCAUCCAGGUGCUCACAGCGUUCCCCAGGGAAGUGAGGAUGUUGGCUGAGCCUCUCAGAGCUACCAAGAAAAAGAAACCAGACACAAGGAGGACCCCGAGUGAAAAGCAGCCAUUAAUAGAUAAAAAAUAUUCAACACCAGUAAAAGUGAAAACUGAAGCCCCAGAAAAUCUUGGCAACGCUUUGCAUUGUUUAGGGAACAAAGCAGAUGCUUUAAAAGCUGGAAUAAAAAUGGAGCCUUCCAACCACCUUUAUGCCAUGAAACAUACUUCAAACACUACUAAAAAUUGCUCUUUACUGAAGCAGUACACGGCUUCCUCCCCCUUCAAGGUGGAUGGUUUACAUCCUUACCCAUCUCUCGCACACAAGUCUGGCCUAGCUGCAGUGACUAAUAUUGAACAAGAUUUUUCAGUUCCCUACGGGUAUUUUGAAUGCAGUACCAAGCAACCUCACGUGCCACCUUAUGUUAACUGCAAGAGCUUUGAUGUGUCAGUGAAAGAUUGUACUGGAAUUGUGCUGGAUGAGAAGGUGAACGGCGUGCCACCCGUUCUUCCCGAGGUCACUGCUCCAGGCCCCCCAGCCCACAAAGAGCCCCUGCCCACUCUACUUGAACAGCAGCCAGACAAACAGAAUUGUCAGCUUCAGCUGGAGACCUCUGCCCCCUCAGAGCUGAGCAGCUCCUGUGACUCAGCGCUCCCACCGAGCUCUUUGGCACAGGAUGCCCUCGGACCCGCGGCCGACUGCUCCCAUGGAUGCCCAGUGGAAAAGGGCAGCUCCCAUGGGGGACAGAGCUGUGACUUUGACUGUGCUGAUGUAAAGCAAAGCAGUGCACUGGGACAGGCAGCUGAUUCUGAAGAAAAGGCUGAGGAAUUGUGGUCAGACAGCGAGCACAAUUUUUUGGAUGAUGACAUUGGUGGAGUUGCUGUGGCACCUUCUCAUGGUUCCAUCUUAAUUGAAUGUGCGAGGCGUGAGCUCCAUGCUACCACACCAAUUAAAAAACCCAACCGCAAUCAUCCCACGAGAAUUUCUUUAGUUUUUUACCAACACAAAAAUUUAAAUGAGCCAAAACACGGUUUAGCCAUGUGGGAAGCAAAGAUGGCCGAGAGGGCGCGAGAAAAAGAAAAAGAGGCAGAACGAUUGGGACCGGAGAACCCCGAACUGAGCUCCAGCAACAGGAAAGCAAAGCAGCCAGGUGAAAGCAGAGAUAUUUUCUAUGAAGACAACGAGUUCAACCAAAUUCCAUCCCGCAGAGCAUUGACAGUGACCAAGGAUAACGUGAUCACAGUCUCUUCGUACGCCCUGACACGAGUGGCAGGGCCCUACAACCACUGGGCGUAGCGUCCGUGGGCCCGGUGCAGUCACGCUGGUGCUUUCAGGUGCUCAUACAGAACAAGUCUCGUGUCGUUUACUCUUUGCUCAUCUCAACCAUUUUAAGGCUGAGGUAAAAACAAAAAA